AUGCCGGAUUGCAUUGACUUUGAGACUCAGCAUUUCGGUGGACAUGUUGCGGAAACGAUGCCUCACAGAAGUUUGGCUGCGAUCACCAUGGAAUGGGUCCGAAGCCUUGUACCUGCGACUUUUGCAGGUGAGUUCUCGGCUUUAACCUACGUUAUGAAUUCCACUGAUUGUGAUAGAAUGGGAAAACCUUUGACAGACUCGAUAUUCGAGAGUACCUCAAAGAAGCAACAUGCCGUUGGAUUGGGCCUUGUCAAAGGACCUGACCCGAGAAGCUAUAACGCACAUUCUGCUCUCAUAAAUGAGAUGGCAAGAAGUGCCAUGGGGAUGGACGGCUGA